GUGCUGUGCUUCAUGGCAGUGAUGGUUUAUGCCUGUUUCUUAACGCUGUAAAGUGUGUUUUACUACAUACUUACACAGCAAGUUGGUGAGGUUAGUAGAGAUGCUUCCCUCUCCUGCGGUUUUCCACUUUCUCUGGGAAAUCAACACUCACCUGGUUGAAGAUGGAGCAUCAGUUCGCACAUUCGGCAGGCUCACAAGUUACCUGCCAGAGGAGUCGAAAGCCAUCCUGACGUCCCAUCAUGCAUCUAUGCAGCACCAGGUAUCAGUACAGACAACAUUCGUGGAGCCUUUUGAUCCAAUAGUCGGGGCGCAGUACGUCACACUGGGGGAGAUUGAUAAGGCAGAGGGGUGCAGUGAAGCUAUUCUGCGUGCUCGGGUGUUAAACUGUGUGGAUGGGGUUGAUGUUGCGCUGCUACAGAAGGCCAUAAAUGAACAGAGGAACUUCUUUAAAGAGCGGGACAACGAGGCUGGAGCACAGUAGCGCCCACUUCGAAAUACCUGCACCACCUGGACAGAUGCAGCGGAGUUUGGAGAAACUGUUUUUUUUUUUUUCUCAAUCACAGUCAAUAUUUACAUCUAACAGUUAAGGUAGUGUUCAGGCUACUUGGUAAACCAGGUAAAAAAGAGUAAUGGUAUUGAUGCACUGCAAAAAAUUAUAUCUUAAAAAGUGAAAUCAUCAUCAUGUCUUAGUCGAUGUGCUCUCAUAUGCGAAGUUUUGGCACCCCUUGUCAAAUUACAUGUUUGGUUGAUGUGUAAAUAAAUGAACACAUC